GCUUAUGCCACAUACUGUACACGCGUCGCCCCUCCGCAGAACUACGGCCAGACCGCCCGGUCGACUCAGGGUCCGAAAUCGACUGUCCAGUCCCCAGCUAAAUGUGCGCAACGUCGCAAGUUUGAGACGCAUUGGGUUCGUAAAGAUCCGCGGGAUCACCCCGGUAAGAGCAUGCCCCAUGCGACGGUCGAAACAGUUCGAUGUAUUGACAACCUUCCUUGGUGCAGAGGACCAGAAAGACAAUGA